AGUUUUGAUUGGGUUGUCAGCCUGCCAGUCAAACGGAAACCGCUCAUGAACGUAAAGCAGUUUGUCAGACCUGCAAGUUGCUAUUAGGCCUAAAGCUGCGACUACAAUUGAUUAAAUUUGACGAUGAAAGUGGGAUUAGCACAUUAUAUUCUUUAUUUAUAGUUGGCAUUUGAAGAUACGUUUAAAGAAAAUGAUAAUAGAGGACGUGGAAGCUCUGAAAUCGUGGUUGUCGAAACUACUGCAGCCCAUAUGUGAUGCAGACCCUUCGGCUUUGGCAAACUACGUUGUAGCCUUAGUAAAGAAAGACAAACCUGCAAAGGACUUGAAGGCACUUUGUGCUGAUCAGUUGGAUGUCUUUUUACAAAAAGAAACAACUGGCUUUGUGGAUAAACUUUUUGAAGGUUUAACUACAAAAAACUAUUUGGGAAAUCAAGAUCAACUUGCAAAGGAGGCUGCAAAAGUGGAAAUGAAAACAGGAGGUCAAAAAAUGGAAGAAAAUAAAGAAGUGACUGUAAGUUUGGAGGAAGAGAGGGAUGGGAGAAGAAAGAAAAGUCCUUUGAGAAACCGUCCUGAUCCAAAUGAAAUGCGGAAUCGUGAUGACAAGAGAAGGGAUGAUCGCAAGCGAAGAGAUUGUGACCGGCAUAACAAGAAUAGCGACCCAUACAGAGAGCGGUAUGAUAGGCGCAGGGGAACCAGCAGGGGGCGAAGCUUCAGCAGGAGUAGGAGUCGAAGUGGCAGCAGAGGGAAGAGUGGAGACAGAGAUCACAGCCGCGCAAAAGUAGAUCACAGGUUAAAGUUUGAGGCGGAGAGGAAUGAGCUGGAGGGUUAUGUCCCAGUGUCUAUGCCAACCUCGAUCUCCGUGCAGCAGCAGCAACAGCAGCAGCCUCAACAGCAGCAGCAGCAGCAGCAGCAGCACCAGCAGCAGCCUCAACAGCAGCAGCAGCAGCAGCACCAGCAGCAGCCUCAACAGCAGCAGCAGCAGCAGCACCAGCAGCAGCCUCAACAGCAGCAGCAGCAGUAUUCCUGUGGGGGCCAAGCUAUCCCCAGCACCGUUGCUGUGGUAGCACCUGCUCACCUCCCAGACAGCACCACAGAGAGCUGGUCUAACUACUACUCUAAACGCAACGAAGGCAAGCCAUUCAGCAGGAGCGCCGCUCAGAAACGCCGCUGCAGAGACUACGACGAGAGAGGUUUUUGUGUGCGUGGUGACCUGUGCCCCUUUGACCAUGGCAAUGACCCUUUAAUAGUGGAUGAUGUCACGUUGCCAACCAUGAUUCCUUUCCCACCACCUCCUGGGCUACCUCCCCCUGGUCUUCCAAUGCCCCCGAUGCCAGGGAUGCCCCCUAACCUCCGGUUACCCAUUCCUCCACAUGGGCAGCCUCCACCCCCAGGCAUCUUCCCAAUGCCAGGACCACCUUUAAUCCCAACAUGUGCAAUAAAUAAUCGUGAACACUCUGGAACGAGUUCAGUUUCUACUCUUGCACCAACAGGAGUAGGACCAGCUCCUCCUCUUCCUCCUCGUCCUUCUAUACCUCCACACCCACAGUAUACAUUAGCAGAAUAUAACUAUGAUCCUGAAGCUUAUAACCCGGAGGCACCUGGUAUCACAGCCUCGGGUAGACCUCAGUACAGACAGUUUAUCCCCAGAAUACAGACCCAGAGGUCCAAUCUUAUUGGACUCACCUCCAGUGAUAUGGACGUACCAAGUUCAAGAGCUGCCAAUAUAGUUAUCCAGACUGAACCAUCCGCCUUGGCCAUGACGAAUAAUAAUUUAUCAAGAUUCAGUAGUGAUCAAGACAACAGGAAGAGGCCACUGGCUGUCACUGACGCACCCCCAACUAAGAAAUCCUGGCUGGAAAAGCAAAAUUUCAACAACCAGCAUAAACCUGGCUUUCAAAAGAAAAAUCAUUACGCCUACGCCAACACCAAGCUUGAAGUUCGCAAAAUCCCCAGGGAUAUCAACAAUAUUGCCAAACUGAAUGAGCAUUUCAGCAAAUUUGGUACUAUUGUCAACAUUCAGGUUGUCUUCGGAGGGGAUCCAGAAGCUGCUCUUAUACAGUAUACUGUGAAUGAGGAAGCCAGGAGGGCUAUCUCCAGCACGGAGGCUGUCUUAAAUAACAGGUUUAUCAGAGUGUACUGGCACAGGGAGAAUAAUGAGCAGCAGCAGCAGCAGCAGCAGCAGCAGCAGCAGACACCCUCUCAGGCUGCUUCAGUAGUACCUCAGCAUGCCAACGUUCAUAAGGUAAUGAACAAGCUGCUGAACCCUGGGUCAUACUCUCUCAAUAAGAUGAAAACUCGACCUGGAGCAAUGGCUGUAAAUAAAGCCGAUCCAUUACAUACAGGUUUCAUCCAGACAAGUGCUUCAGCAGAGGUUUCACAGGGUUUGAAUACCUCUGCAAGUCACCUGAAGGCAGUCUAUAGCUCCCCAGUCAUGAAGAUGACUUCAAAGCCAAUGGCAAAAUCAACCAAAGCACUUGAAGCACACGAGGCAAUGAAGAAAAAGCAGGAGACACUAAAAUUGCAACAAGACAUGAGGAAAAAGAAGCAAGAAAUGUUGGAGAAACAAAUUGAAUGCCAAAAGGUAUUAAUCAACAGACUUGAAAAAAAUAAGAAUAUGAAGCCAGAGGAGAGAGCUAACAUCAUGAAAACCUUCAAAGAGCUUACGGAUAAGAUUUCACAACUGAAGGAUGAAAUAAAACCAAACUCCAGUACUCCUGUGAAGUCCACUCAGCCCAAGACGAAAAUAGAUGCACAAAAGGAACUUUUAGACGCAGAAAUGGAUUUUCAUAAAAAACUGAGUUCAGGAGAAGACACUACAGAUCUAAAAAAGAAGCUUGGUCAGCUUCAGGUUGAGGCUGCCCGCUUGGGUCUCAUUCCCACAGGUCGUGGAAAGGCUCCCCCAGUCCGAGGUCGUGGGAGGGGUCGAGGGAGAAGUGUGCGGGGAAGAGGAGUCAUGAAUCACAUGGUGGUUGAUCACAGACCAAGAGCGCUGGCAAUACUGGGGGUCACUAAAGAAGAAAAAGAGGAGUUAAUGCCUCACUUUGUAAAAUUUGGGGAGGUUGAAGAGCUACAUGAUUAUGAUGCAACAAGUAUUGUGGUGACAUUCAGGACAAGAAGUGAAGCGGAAAAUGCUGCAAACCAAGGUGCAAAGUUCAAAGGUCGCACUCUGCAGAUAUCGUGGUAUAAGCCCAAGACUCCGUCUAUAUCCACAGAGCCAGAUGAAGAGGAGGCAAAGGAAGAGGAGGUGGGAAGCACUCUUUUGCCUGAGGAAGAAGAGGAGGAUGAUGACGAAGAGGAUGAAGAUGAGUCUCGUUCUUGGAGAAGAUGAGAGGAAAUGAUAACCUUUUUUGUGAAAAGGACUUUUUGUUUGUUUGUUUGUUUAAGAACAAUUUAGUUGUUCUUUAAGGCAGAAAUCAUGUAUUUUGGAACUGAGAUGUUGAGUUUUGAGAUCUUGGAUGCCAAAAUGAUUGAAGUAUCUGAAAUGGUACUUUUUUGUAAUAGACAAAAUAGGAAUGUGAGAAAAUGACAAAACUGCAAUCUUAAUUUCACGUCUUGGCACGCUUUUUGUGUUUUCAAAGAUCCAACCUCAAAAAAGAAUUGCGAGCCCCAUCCCUCAUUAUAAUGCUCUGCAUAUUCACGUAUUUCCCCUCCUGCUUACGUUUUUAGUUUAAAAUCAGCUCAUCUUCCUUAUAAGAGUAUUGCAUUCCAGUGUAAUUCUCCAGUUCUAGUGCUUCUUUUGAAAUGCCUGUGUCAAGAAGAAAUGUUGCAGUCCUUGUAUAAAAUGUAAUUGUGGUCGUCAUUGUGGUGUUUCAUAUACAAAACAAACAGACGAUAAAAGAAAAUGCACAAAAUGGACCAUAUAUAAAAAAUUAGAAUAAUCCAGGGUGUCCAAAAUAAUUGCCUUUUUAAAAGAUUUUACCUCCAGGCCCGUGCUCAUCCAGAGCUUUCACUUGUGUUUGGCAGGAACAGUAAGCAAUAAGGAAAAGUAUUUAAAUCCUUACAGGGCUUUGGACUGCUCCACUAAAAGAUUUUCACUGUUUUCUGGAAUAGAAAAAGUAGAAUUUUGCAGUGUUGCAAACUCUGCACUGAAAAAGUUGUCCCAUUGGGUAAGCUGCUUACCUGAUGUAUUGCAUUUUUUUUUUUUAAACUAAGACAGUGUUUGAACAUUUCUUAUGGUUUUGUAGCAAAAGCCAGCACAAACACUAAUGUUGCUAAAGAUAUUGAGAGAGAGAUCUAUUUUUUUUUUUUUUUUUUUAAUAAUUUGAUCCACCAUAAAUUGUAUACCUUUCACGAUGCCAUCAAAAACGUGUUAACAUCAUGAAGGUAUUCCCCUGGCUCCUCUGAGCCACCUCACCAAUUCCUCAGUAAAACAAAAACCUGUACUUGCUAGUGUUAAAGAACCAAAAUAUAUAUAGUUUUAAAACAGUCUUAAAUCUGUUAUUUUUAAAAAGUACACCAGUAGAUCAGAGAAGAUGUACUAAUUUUUAGUAAAGUGAGAGACUGGUUUAACACCCCUCCAACUAAAAAGCAUGCUAAAAUCUGGAAAAGCAAUCUACAGAAAUGAUAUCUUCCCCCCCUUUUUUAAAUAUAUAAAGGAUUUUACAUCCAUGAUGAGUUAAUUUUUUUUUUUGCUGCAUUUUAUUAAAUAUGCAUUGACAGUAUAUGUACAGGUACACUUCAGAAGUGCAGGACUAGGUGCCAGUAUUUUUUGGAGAAAAAGUGCUAGACAAAACGUGAAUCACCCCGUAUUAUAAUAAAUAUAAUGGUAGCCAGUGUAAGUUGUUUGUCAUCACCCAGAUAAUUAUCCAGCCUUCGUUUCUGUUUGUAAUUGGGGGGUCUGGAAUUAUUAACAUUUGUAAACCUUUCUCACAUCCCUGUUCAAGAGUCUGUAUUAUUUAGCAGGGAACCAGCUAAAUGCAUCUGCUAUAGGCAAGGAGUGUUGUUUGAAUGUAAAUUUAAAACAUUUUUUGUUUUGUAUAUAAUUUUGCCUUACUGUGUAUUAAAUUACCAGCAGACAGCUGCAUUUUUAUAA